AUGACUGUUGGUUGGUGUCACGGCGGAAUUACCGCCAGUUCCGCAAUGAUUCUGGCUCGCCGACGCUGUACUUUGGUACUAUGUCUGGUACUUCUCCCGCGAUUUGCCGAGGCUACACAAUCAGUCUCUCCCGCUGGACACCUCGGUAACUUCAAUUCGCAGUGUGUUUCAUCAUGUUUUGAUCAAGUACUGAACAACGACGUACGGUAUCGACAAAACAGUACCGCAUUAUGCCACCACAAAAGAUAUCUCGACAAAUUGGAAUCAUGUGUGAAGCGAGAUUGCGAGGUUGGAGAUAAUUUGAGAUAUCAUUUAAUGAUGGAGCAGGAUUGCGGUUUACCCGUCCUUGACCGGCGAAGGGAAACGAGUAUCAUAGGUGCUGUGAUGAUGGCCUUAGCGAUAGCCUUUUUCGGCAUGAGAGUUGUAUCCAAGAUUAUUGGAUUUGUACCGUACGGACACGACGACAGUUUAAUUAUCGCCGCAUUUCUGUUUCUCAUGGCAUUCGAAACUAUUUAUUACUUGAUAUCGUGGAAGGGAGUAGGUUUAAAUAUAUGGCACGUUGACGAUGAGGAUAUUAUAUCAUGCUACAAGUUCGUUCUAGCCGCCGAGUACAUGUACGCCAUAUCGUUGACUUUCACCAAGCUCUCAAUUCUAGCGUUCUUUCUACGAGUAUUCCCCGACCAAAAAUUCCGGGGUAUGGUUCACGGAACCGUGGCCUUCAUUCUACUCAUGUCUCUUGUAUAUCUUGUGAUAUUUAUGCUACAGAGAGUACCCAUGAGGACAUUCUGGGAAGGAUGGAAAGAGAAGGAUCCCGGUGGCGUGCUUUUGAACUCGAACGCAAUUGGAAUGAGUCACGGCGGACUGAACGUCGCGUUAGAUGUAUGGAUGAUCAUCCUACCCAUGACACAACUGUGGAAGAUAGGAAUCAAGCCCAAGAAGAAACUCGGUAUUAUCUCCAUGUUCGGUGUGGGCGCCUUCCUCACAGUUGUCAGCACAGUACGUGUCCCAAACGUCACAAAAUUUGCAAAAACAGUGAAUGUUACAGCCGACACCGUCGAUACUAUGAUCUGGACCAUGUUAGAAGCCAACGUAGGCAUGAUAGUCGCUUGCAUGCCCGGCACUCGACAGUUUGUGAGGGACAUGAUAUCCCGUUGGAAAAAGGAAAGAUCCAGCGACGAAAAUAAUAAGGGAGGCGUUUUCAUUGACAGGUCGUUGGCGACGAUUGUUAUGACGAGGCAACAAAGCGCCAUUGAAACCGAUAACUCGUUUUCCAGCAGUAUUGUGAAUUCCAAUCUAUAG